CAGGCAGGCAGAGAGAGGACCCAGGCGUCCGGCGAGGCCCAAGUUGGUCCGACAGACAGACAGACAGAGAGAGGACCCGGGCGUCCGGCGAGGCCCAUGUGGGUCUGACAGACAGACAGACAGAGAGAGGACCCAGGCGUCCGGCGAGGCCCAGGUUGGUCCGACACAGACAGACAGACAGACAGAGGACCCGGGCGUCCGGCGAGGCCCAGGUAGGUCUGACAGACCGACAGACAGACAGACAGACAGAGGACCCAGGCGUCCGGCGAGGCCCAAGUUGGUCCGACAGACAGACAGACAGAGACAGAGAGAGGAUCCAGGCAUCCAGCGAGGCCCAAGUUGGUCCGACAGACAGACAGACAGACAGAGAGAGGACCCAGGCGUUCAGCGAGGCCCAAGUUGGUCAGACAGAGAGAGAGAGACAGAGAGAGGACCCAGGCGUCCGGCGAGGCCCAAGUUGGUCCGACAGACAGACAGAGAGAGGACCCAGGCGUCCGGCGAGGCCCAAGUUGGUCCGACAGACAGACAGACAGACAGACAGAGAGACAGAGCGAGGAGCCAGGCGUCCGGCGAGGCCCAAGUUGGCCCGGGGGCGAUGGGUUCGGGGGGCUGGCCCCGGCGACAGAAGGGGCUGCUGCAGAGCGGGUUCCUGUUGUCGGCGGCCUUGGGCCUGGUGGGCGCGGGGCUGCUGUACGACCACCUGCAGCGGAGGGCCCGGGCCGCCGAGGGCCAAGCCAGCCUGGCCCGGGGGCAGCAGGAGGCCAUGGCGGCGCAGCUGCAAGUGGUUUAUGAGCACCGGUCCCGGCUGGAACGCUCCCUGCAGAAAGAGCGUGGGGACCACAAGAAGACCAAGGAAGAUUUCCUGGUGUACAAGCUGGAGGCCCAGGAAGCUCUCAACAAGGAGAAGCAAGAUGCCAUGAACCGUUACGGAGCCCUCAGCUCCCAGCACAAGAUCCUCAAGAACCAGCACGAGGACGUGAAGAAGCAGCUGCGGGAGCUGCAAGGGCAGCACAACGGACUGAAGCUGGAGCAGCGCCGGACGUUGGAGAGCCACGGCCAGCAGCUGGCCCAGCUGCAGCGGGACCGGGACAGCGAGGUCGCCGGCCUGCAGGACUUGGUGUCUAAGCUGCGGGCAGAGAGCCGACUCCUGCGCCAGGCUCACCAGGAGGUGCACACCCAGCUGCUUGGAGCCCAGGCCCAGGUGGAGGAGUUCAGGCAGCUCAAGGAGGCCCUGCAGAAAAUGCCGAGUUUCAAGGACCUGGGGCCGGGUCCCCAAGAGCCCACCUCCAGAGUGGGGGGCAGCCGGGCCCAUCUGGAGCACCCCAAGGUGAUCAUCUCCACUGCCAGGAUUCCCCGUGAAGCCCAGGCCCCGGUGGCUCCGGCCAGGGUCCCCACCCGCCUGCAGGAGCCCGGCCAGGGCCGUGUGAGCCACCUCGCCAGGGUCGCCAACCCCCAACCCACCAGCCUCCUGUCGGACCAGCGGGUGCAGGGGGGGGCCGAGGCGUGGCUCCGGGAGACCGGGGCCCCCCCGUCGCUGCCUCCUGCUCCGGGCAGGGAGCCCCCGGUCCACCCUGCCUCCAGGACCCCACCGGUGCAGAUGCAGAGCUGGCAGGACAUUGUCAACAAAGUGAAUGCCCAGAUGGGAGAAGAGCAAGGCGGGCAGAAUGGCAACGUGCCAGCAGCAAAUCAGGACAAGGAGGUGGUGCAUCCAGCAGUCAAUCAGGGAGGAGACCCCAACGAUGGAACGGAUGAGGAAGAGUUGGAAAUGGAUGCCGGGAUGAUCGAGAGAGAGGAGGACGUGCGUCCGCAGAAGGAUCCUGCCACUCAAGAGCUCUUGAGGGCAGCCGGGCAGCCUCCCGCCUCCCCGAGCUGGGUGCCAGCGGAGGACCCGGGCCCCGCCCAGGACCCCAACAACCAGGGGGAGGAUGAGUUUGAGGAGGCGGAACUGGAGAGGCCUGAGUUCGAGGGCAGGACUGGCAAGACCGGCCCCCGACCGGAGAAGGCCAGAGACCUGCUAGACAACCAUCGGGACAACCGUGAGCCGGAGGACCGUGGUGGUGAAGAGGACGAGAGUGACGACCCACAGCUGGUGCCCCAGGGCGGGACCCGAGUGGCUCUCUCCAGGACCCGCUUCCGAUUCCGGAAGGAGAGUUACUACUGACACACGCUCCUCUCCAUCAGGGCCCUGGGGGCAAGAGGGAACUGUGCUCAGCCGGGGUCCUGACCACCUGGCCGCCCGGGAAAGGGGAGCUGAGAUCUCCCAGACCCCCCAGCCUCCUUCCUCCAUCCCUGGCCAAGUGCCUCGGCCCCCCACGGAGGGUGCCCAUGCUGCUAGCCCAGUCUGCUUCCAGGUCGGAGACCCCAGUUGGCUUUCCCGCUCCCUGGCAGGGGCCUGUAACCCAAAGGGGCCGGCUUCCCCACAACCAGCGGUCCCUACCUUCCGCAGGAGCCGGACUGGACGGCGCUCCCCGCCUUCAGGGUUGGCUGAGAUAGAUGGAAACGGCCCCUCCCCUACCCCCCUACUAAUUUCUCGUUGACAAUCAGCGGCAUGGGGAGUGACCCAGGCGGCCUGGCGAGCUGAGCUUGUCCUCCGUCCAGGGGGGCAGGGACCCGACGGGGGGCCCCAGCCCAAUCCACGAUGCGCCGGUGGGGACAGGGGAAGGCAGUGAGAUUUAUUUAUUGCAGCUCAAGAAGGGCCGUGUCCUGGGCUCACUCUAAGGCAGAUUCCUCCCUCCCACUUCUCCACUACUGUCAGUGUGAGGCUGAGCCCAGGCCGGCAUGCUGCACCCCCAGCCCCCUUAGCGCUUUCCACAGCCUCUGCUCUCCAAUUUACCCCAGAUCCAGAAGGAGUGGGUACUGCCACUCCCCCAUCUCCCCUACAGUCUGGGGGGCCUGGGCGGGGACCAUGCUGAAGGUCCAAGGGGACAUUGGACCGAGCGGGACCAGGCGGCCGGCCCUAUUCCCCCUACGGC